AUGGACAAACACAACAGUUCUGAAUUAUUGAAUUCAGACUUUUCGUUAUCAAAGAACGCGAGUUCCGAUUCAUUGGACUCAGACUCAAAAUCGAGUUCAUUGAAUUCUAAACACGGACAAGACUCCCCACAUGUACUGGGAGAUAUUCAACUCUUAGAUGGUGAGAAGGUGAUGAGUUUAGCCCGAGAUGUGACUUAUUUAUGUCCAUAUAGUGGUCCGUCUAGAGGAGUACUAAAAGUGACGAAUUAUCAGUUACACUUCAGACCGACUGACACCGCUGCGUUACAGAGUACUCUUAGCGUGCCUCUUGGUGUUGUUUCUCGAAUUGAAAAGGUUGGGGGAGCAUCAUCAAAAGGUGAAAAUUCAUAUGGCAUUGAAAUAUUUUGCAAGGAUAUGAGAAAUUUAAGGUUUGCACACAAACAAGAGAAUCACUCUCGACGUGGAAUAUUCGAGAAACUGCAGCAAUUAGCAUUUCCACUGUCGCAUAGACUGCCUUUAUUUGCGUUUAGUUAUUCAGAGAGUUUCUCCGAAGAUGGAUGGCAUGUGUAUGAGCCUAUUGCAGAGCUUAGGCGCAUGGGUGUAAAUAACGACAUGUGGCGUAUAACUCGCAUAAAUGACAAGUAUGAAGUUUGCGACAGUUACCCAUCUAUAUGGGCAGUGCCAGCAGCCGCUAACGAUGACUUACUGCGCUCCGUAGCCACGUUCAGGUCUCGAGGAAGAAUACCAGUGCUUGCAUGGAUACAUCCUAGUUCACAGGCCACUAUUACACGGUGCAGCCAACCUUUAGUAGGGGUAAGUGGUAAACGCAGUCGCGAAGACGAGCGUUACAUACAGUUGAUAAUGGAUGCCAAUGCGCAAGCGCACAAGCUGUUCAUCAUGGACGCCCGACCUACUGCCAAUGCUGUUGCCAAUAAAGCUAAGGGAGGAGGAUAUGAAUCAGAGGAUGCGUACCAGAAUGCCGACCUUGUGUUCUUAGAUAUACACAACAUACACGUCAUGCGCGAGAGUUUGCGUAAACUCAAAGAGUUGUGCUUCCCACAAAUAGAUCAAACUAGAUGGUUCAGUGGCAUUGAAGCUACUUGCUGGUUGAAACAUAUUAAAUGCAUAUUGGCUGGAGCGGUCCGUAUAGUUGAUAAGGUGGAAAAUCACAAAACAUCAGUACUGGUUCACUGUUCAGACGGAUGGGACCGCACAGCUCAGCUGACGGCGCUGGCGAUGUUGAUGCUGGACCCCUACUACAGAACUCUAAGAGGAUUCGAGGUCCUCAUCGAGAAGGAGUGGCUGUCUUUCGGACAUAAGUUUCAGUUGCGCAUAGGGCACGGAGACGAGCGUCACUCGGACGCAGACAGGUCCCCAGUGUUCGUGCAGUGGGUGGACUGUGUCUGGCAGCUCCAGCAACAGUUCCCAACCGCCUUCGAGUUCACUGAGAGACUCCUCAUCACCAUAGUGGACCAUCUAUACUCCUGCAGAUUUGGCACCUUCCUGUUUAAUACUGAGAGGGAACGGGUCAAGGAGGAAGUGAAAACAAAGACAGUAUCCCUCUGGUCAUACAUAAACAGCCGCCAGGACUUGUACCUGAACCCUCUCUACUGGGGUCCAUCAUCAUUCGGAGCCAGUUCUCCCCCCUCCCCCUAUUCUCGGCCACAAGUCGUGCUAGUACCGGUCGCCUCGCUCCGUGUCAUCAAACUGUGGAAAGCGUUGUACUGUCGAUGGAAUCCCACCAUGAGGCAGCAGGACCCUAUCUACCAGCGAACUAGAGAGCUGGUCGCAAUCCGGGCGCAACUGGAAGCUGCCGCGGCCGCCGCUGCGGGAGACCAUGCGGCCAGGCAACAUCGCCUCGGACUCACUCCGCCCCGGGUCGCCAGCCCACACCAUGUAUGA